AUGGACGCCACUGAGCUGUUUAGUGUGGCACACGACACGCUGACCCGCACGGUGCUGCGAGUGCGUAACGGCGAGCAGCGCGCGGCCUCAGCAACGCUGCUGAGCCCAGAUGUUGUCCAGGCCGUGGUGUUGCUGCUCGCCAUGACGCUGUUGCCCGUGUUGGUACGCGUGCGGAUCCUCUACACAUUCUGCUGGGUAGGUUUCACCGUGUUGGCGCACGUUACCGAGUCGGAAGCAGCGCUGGGCAUGGCCACGUCACUAGGUCUCACCAUCAUGAUGGGAUGGUACUCGCUGCGCAUGCUCGACCGCACCACGUUCAUGGGCAUCCUGCAAGGCUGGUUCGGAUUCCUGAGUAAGUACUGGCCACUCCGACUCCUGGCCAACUCCGUCGACCUUCUGCUGCACAUGGGUGUACCGCUUACUCUAGCUUUCUGCUACUUGCCGCUGGUACGGAUCUGGAUGACACUCCCAAUCUUAAUCUUCUCUCAACUCUGGAUUAAGCUGGUCGCUGAUGGAGACCUUUGUCUUUCUGGCAACGACGUUUACCACAUCUAUCCUCCUCGCCCGAAGUCGUUCUGGCUGGCGGCUCGGAAGAUCGAGCUCAUCUACAACUUUACCGUGCCGACAUUUUGUGUGCUCGCCUACCAAGCAGGCUUUCACGAGUUUGUCGUCAACUGCUUGCUCAAACCGAGCUUGUAA